AUGGAGAUUGUGUCCAUGGAAACAGCCAUUCCAACUUCUUGGGUCUUUCUUUCCUGUGGUGUCACCGGUUUGAGAGUGAUUCUCACCUGCAAGACAAACAGACACUGGGUGCUGGGAACCUCUGCGUGCUGCUGUAGCCCACAGCCCCUGCUCUGUGGUGGUGCUGGGGUGGGGGGACUCUGCAGGGUCCGGCAGCCGGCACUGGAAACACCCAGGGCCCAUGGUGGAGCCGGCUGUGUGGCCCUGGGCCUGAAACAGGGCAAAGGCGGCAAUGACCUGGCCAGCCGCACGGGGAAUGGACUCAGAGUGCCCGUGCCCAGGGCUGUGGAGGGAGCCGAGACCAGGAGAGACUCCCCUGACCCCGGAGGACGCUGCCCCCUGUGGCCUACAGCAGGACUCAGCACGUGGGCCUGGGGACCUGUCCUCACAGAGAUGGCUGAGCACCCAGCUGAUGUGGAAGAACCAGCUCAGGACCAUGCCCGGGUCGCCUCCAGCUACAGGCGGCUCUCACACCUAACAGCGAACACUCCUGGGAGCUCCGCUCUGGGAAAGGCGGCUCUCAGGUCAUCCUCUGGGGCGCCCCAGGCCCUGCCACUGGCGUCUGUCUCUCCUUCCGGCCUGGGCUCCAGGCUUAGGAAGACUCUCCUGGUGACCACGGAGGGUAUGCAGGCUUGUACCAAGGGCAUCCUCAGGACUCUUCAUGGGUCCUUACGUAUGCAAAGAUCUCAGAGACACAGCAGUUUCCGAGGAAUUCAGUCCAGAAAAAUUAAGCCAAGAGCCAUGUGUGGGGAGAGGGGCUCACCUGGCUUCUUCCUCAAACCCUUUCCGGUGCCCUCCACCAACCAAUAAACCUCAGGAAACCCCAGGCAUCA